UUGAUAAGAGGAAGUUAACAAACACUGGCUGGGCUGAUGAUGUUUGAAGAACUGUAACUUUAUAAUGAAAAGAAAUAGAAACAGAAGAUGGCUGAUCGGUGUCACAUGUGUCUGCUGCUACUGAUCAUUCUCUGUCCACUUCUGACAGGUACCAGUGGAGCAGAAGUGUUCAGCAGUUCUGGUGAAAGUGUCAGUCUGCCCUGUAAUAACGCUCUUUCUGACUGCACAUCAACUACAUGGAACUGUAAUAAUAACAAACAUUCAGAGACCAUUGAACUGAUUGCUGGAGGGAUAAAGAAUAACAUAGAGAGACGCGAGAGGCUGAGUCUGGGGUCUGACUGCUCUCUGAACAUCAAGAAAGUCACACAUGAAGAUUAUGGGCUUUACACCUGCCAACAAUUUGUGAAUGGACAACAACAAGGAACUGAUGCACCCGUUAAUCUGCAUGUUCUUCAUAUCUCUUCAUCAUCCUCACAGACUGAGAUCAGAUCAGGCUCUGUGACUCUCUCCUGUCAGUUGCAUUUAUAUAGAGUCUCUUGUGAUACUUUGGUCCGUUCGGAGGGACUUCAGCUGAUCUGGGUGAAUCAGGCUGGUGUGAAUCUGAUGACAGACUCCAGAUAUCAGAUAUCAUUCUCAACAUCACACUGUAUCAGCUCUAUGACUACAAAACUCCUGAAUGAAGAUCCCAACAGAGAGUUUAGAUGUCAGGUUACUCAGAGUAAUCAACUGAAGACCUCAGCCACAUACACUGUCAAGAUUUCAGCUCCAACAAAGACACUGACUACAGUCCCCAGCUCGAAGACAACCCCAACUGUAAAUAAACCAGUAACUUCUACACAACCAGAGAUUGUGAUUGUUGCCGUUUCUGCUGUAUUGGCUGUUCUCCUUCCUGCUCUUAUUCUUUGUGUGGUUUGUAAAAAAAGAGGUGAUAUAAAAAGAGAGACUAAUGACUCUGUGGUCACAAAUAUGAAUAAAUAUAAUGGAACCAAGGAUACAAUCAACAUCUCCAUUCAUCAUACUGCCAGCGCCAAUGAGCAGAAAGACGUGAUUUAUACGGAGAUAUACACAUUCAGUAAAAACCAAGACAAAAAUAACAAGGUUCAUGGAGAUGAUAAAGUGACUUACGCGUCCAUCAGAGGAGCAACAGCUGGACUUCAGGAUUACUGCAGUCAACUUUAGGCCUCUGUGAACAGGAACCGUCACAAAAACUGAAUUAAAUAUACAAAAUACUUCAUGAUGUCAUGAGGAUAGAAAUGCUUAUAAUUGACUUUGUUAACAUGUUGAUAUGGUAAAUACUGUUCCCUUUCAGUCGGUCACGUUCAACGCCACAUCGGAGUGAUUCGACUGUAUAGCGUUCCUAUACCGCACCUAAACCUACCCAUUACAUGGGCUUAGACAAAUCAUAAGAAUUCAUACGAGUGAGAUAGGCAUUCGCCACAUUUUAAUCCUCCUCGUACAGAUUUGUAGGAAAUAGUCGUGAGAUAGCGUUGGUCUUUCACAUGUUAACAAACAAACUCAAGUACCGGUAAUCAUAUUUGUAAGACUACGUUUUUUUUUUUGUUGUUUUUUUUCCAGAGUAACUGUUUUUGUUGAUCAAGACAACAGGUUUAAAUAAUAAAUCAUUCCAAAUCUUC